UUAGAAGUCAUGUGUACGACCGAAUGCGUCGUCCUGACCGCAUAUCUCGAUGCCGCAGUCCCUAUUUUCUACGGCACGUUCUUAUUGGUGAUGGUGCACCUCCCGAGCGCCAAAUAUCACGCGGAACUCUCUGGAGGGACCACGGACAACGUCAGGGACACGAUAGACUCCCUGUUCAUUUUCGCGGCCGUUGAGUUGGUGGCGUUUGGGCUGCUGACACUCCUGGUCUAUAGGAAGCUGGGAUUCAACGUGCUGUAUCAGUUGGCGUUUGUGCUUGAGUCCCAAGCGGAGUUGAUCCAGAGCAAACUGCUCGCGUGGGUUUUCUUGACGAUGACCUUCCGAGUGGCUCAGUUUGGUGCGUUGCGUGUUGUU